CUUAUAUCGGUACAACAACAGACAAUUCGUAAUUUCCUCCUCGCCAUCGUCCAUCACAUUGUUGCCCAAAUUUCUCUCGUAAGAAACUUUAUGGCUGCGUGCUGGAGAGGGAGACGUGAUUGUUGUCACUCCUCAUCUUGAUUGUCUAUCAUCUGGGAACGUUUACCGAGACAAAGGCUUGGAUGCGAACUACUUUUGCUACUACUACUACUACCAAGUUCACCCCACUCGAGACCUGGCCCCUAAAAGUCUUGCUACUCGAGUCUGCCAGUCCAAUGGCUGGUGCAAGGUCGGCCGCAUCGAAUCGUGAGGAUGAGACACAGUCGUUAACAGCAAGCGUGACGGACUAUCCUAUGGAACAUGGAAGACGAUACCAUAAAUAUCAUGAAGGCUCAUACUUGUACCCGAACGAUGAACAGGAACUGGAUCGAAUGGAUAUGCAACACCACAUGCUCAGACUAGUCAACCACGGGCGCUUGUACUUCGCACCUGUCCAACGCCCAAAACGGAUCCUCGACAUUGGUACUGGUUCUGGUAUAUGGGCUAUCGAGAUUGCAUCCGACUUCCCAGAAGCCGAGAUCACAGGAACCGACCUGUCUCCUGUUCAGCCGCUUGAAGUCCCCGAGAAUGUCCACUUUCUCGUCGACGACGCCACGGAGGAGGACUGGCUCUGGGACCCGGAUCACUUCGACUUCAUUCACACGGGACAUCUGAUAGGAUCUCUACCGUCGUACAAGGACCUGCUGAAGAAAGCACACAAGCACCUCAAGCCGGGCGGCUAUGUGGAAUGCCACGAGUUCGACUCCCGACUCAAAUGUGAUGACGGUACGAUGCCUCCUGAGGACCCCGACAAGUUCAGCGACUAUGCCCUCCAAGAUCUCAUGGACCUGCACUACCGCUCUGGCCAGGUCUCGGACCCGCCCCGACAGUUCCGAGUGGCCCAUCGCCUCGCACGCUGGAUGCGAGAAGUCGGAUUUGAAGACGUGCAGGAACAUCGGUCCAUGGUCCCUGUGAAUCCAUGGUCAUCCGAUCCACACCUGAUGAAGAUCGGGACCUGGAGCGAGACAAACCUGUUGGAAGCGGUCGCGGGAUGGUCUUACAAGCCGCUCACCAUACUGGGGUGGUCGAAGCCCGAGAUUGAAGUAUUCCUGGUCGAUGUUCGGAAAAGCAUCCAGAACCGCAACGUCCACGCCUACUACGAGUUCUAUGCGGUGACAGGCAGAAAACCACUCGCUGGCUGAGUUGGUUCUGGUCUGCCUUCACUAAUCUUAGCGGCAUGACUCCUCACAUAUCCUCGGCUUACUUCUCUUCUUUGUGACAUAUUGUUUUCUUUUUACUCCUUCUUUUUCUUGUAUUAGCUGGCGCUGGCUGACGAGCGUAUGGCAUACGAUACCACUGCGGCAGAGAGUUUGGUGCAUUGGGAGGCGUGUCUCGGUCAAUUGACUACUUGGAAAUAUAUUGACAUUUGGUUGCCAUGCUCUCACUUAUAACAAGUGCUUUGUGCAGUAUCCGACUGUAGGAAAAGAUAGUGUUGGUCUAUAGGAUCCAUGAUCAGUCUAGACUGGGGAGUUUUUGGCAGGUAGCUUCGAUUGUCAC